UGCUGCAAUCAUUUUAAACCAGCGAAAAUGGCAAAGUCAACAACACCAUCCAAUGAGCAAUUGGAAAUUGAUCAAAUGGCCGAAGCGGAAUUGGAACGUCUCCAGAAACAGCUUCGAAAACUGGAUAAAGACCGCAUGCUGUUCAUUUGCGAAAAGAAGAAUGCAGCAAUGAAACGUGAUCGUCUCAUCGAAACGUUGAAAAAAGAAAAAUUGCAACUUCAAGAGCGUUUGGAUGCGAUCUCAACCGGUCCCCAUGCACAACGGGAGUUGAAAACGGAGCGUAAAAUUCGCGCUCUUUUGAAGCGACAAGAAAACAUCGAAGCGGCGACCAAAGAGAAGAAAAUCCAGCUGUGGGAAUUGAAUGGGCACAUCAAAAAGUUGGAAAAGGAAAUAAAAUCGCUUCAAGAGUCUCAAUCAACGGAGCAAAUUUACAGUGAAGAAUUGCUGAAGUCACGUGAUGACAUCAAGAAAUUGGAGAAUCAACUGGAAGUGGUGCAGAAACGAUGCGGCGAAGUGAUGUCCGAGAAUACGAAUCUAAGAGGAUCGAUCGAUCAUUUGUUGCUGGAAAGGUCGAAAUUCAAUGAAAUUUGGCAAAAAAUGGUAACCAAAUUGGAACUCGGUAAAAAAUUAAUCAUGGACUUGAUCGAACAAUCUGUAUCCGCUUAUGAGCAACGAGAAGAAUUGUGCAAUAAACUACAAAAUCUCGAGGGAAAAUCACAAAAUGAACAAACUCUUCAUUUGCAGGAAAUGCGUGAACUACAACGAAAACUAGACCAUGACAUCAAGCUGAAGGAGUUCUUCGCAAUCAAGGGUAACCUUCGUGUCAAUGCCGAGUUGGAGGCACUAGAAGCAAAUCGCAAACUGUUGCAACAAGAGAUGGCCGACAAACAAUUGAAUGAUUUGCAAGACAUAAUGAAGCAAAUUCAGAAUAUUUCAGAGGAAAAAGAUUUUGAUCAGCUGUCGCAUUACUUCACCAAGCAAGAAGAUGAGAAUUUUGCACUCUUCAGCUAUGUCAACGAGUUGAGCUACGAGGUCGAGGUGCUGAAUGAAACCGUUCAAAAGAUUCAGGAUGAUAUCGAUAAACAAAAGAUUGAAAACGAGACAAAGAAGCAAACGCAACGCGAUUCCACGAUCGAGGUUCUCGAAGAACAAUUGCAAUUAUGGACGGCCAAGGCGGAACAAGCACAACAGAUUUACAUCGAAAACGAAAAGAAGCUCGAAGAAAUGCUCGAUGGCAUUGAGAAACUAUUUGGUAUGCUAAACAAUAACCAAGCGCCGGUGUUGGAUUUGAUGUUCACCGAACAGAAAAUAACGAUUCAUAACGUGCGUUUGUUUUUGGGAAUCAUCAAGAGACGCACCAAUUCGGUGAUUAAUCGCUUGAAUUACAGCGAUCAACCAUCGAAAAUUCUAGCCAAACGUGAUCGCAUUCCGAAGUUCAACAUUAAUGAUAAGUCUGCUAAUCAAACUGCUGCACCAACGCCACGUUCACCAAAACCACUCUAGAUUCGAAUGAUUCAACCAAGGAUAAAUUUCAUCAAUUGAUCCGAUUUCGAUCUGAAGUUUAUAUUCUUAUCUACACAUUUCCUUUGGAAUACACUACUUCCACAAAUCGAACAUGGUUCAUGCCUUUC